GGCAGGGAGGGGGCACAGACAGAGACCCGAUUUGUCUCCCACAUGUAGGACAUUUCCUGUCUGAAUCGGGACCCAGCCCGUGUGGUGGUCGUGGACUGCAAGAAGGAGGCCUUCCGACUCCAGCCCUACAACGGCGUUGCCCUGCGGCCCUGGGACGGCAACUCGGACGACCGGGUCUUGCUGGACCUGUCAGCCUUCCUCAAGACAAUUGCCCUGAACCAAGUGGAGGAUGUGCGGACCGUGCUGGAGCACUAUGCCCUGGAGGACGACCCGCUGGAGGCCUUCAAGCAGCGGCAGAGCCGCCUUGAGCAGGAGGAACAGCAGCGCCUGGCCGAGCUCUCCAAGUCCACCAAACAGAACCUCUUCUUCGGCUCUCUAACCAGCCGCUUGUGGCCUCGCUCCAAGCAGCCCUGAUCCUUGGGCCUCCUCAGACUCACAGCCUGGUCCCCAGGCAUCAGUGCGCCCAGACCAGCCACAUGUACAAUAAAGUGCAUCCCAGAUGCCACACCCCUGUGUCCACAGAGUGUCCAGAUGGGGCGCCGGCCGGGUCAACAUCUGGAAGGCACAGAAUGUGGUGCUUUGGUGGAGCAGGGCUGGUUUUGAAUCUGGCAAUCUGGGCCUCUGCUCAGCUGUAUCUUCCCUGAUGGCUGUGUGAUUCGCAAGAAGUGUGUGCCCCUCUCUGGCUGGGGCUUCCCUGUACGUGAACAGCUGAGGACCAGGCUGUAAGAUGGGUAGUUGCCCUGGAAAUAAAAUGAUGCCUGCACUCAGGGCUCCUGGGA